UAUUCGUUUGAAGUACUAUCAAAGCUUUUCACGAAGCUAAUCAAAGAGAAAGCUUUGUUCGGGAAAAUAACAAGGUUUUGGUCUGCCGUCUAAGUUGGGGUUUCUGAUUCUUCUGGGAUUUGAAUGUUAAUGGAAGCUGCGGCGUUUCCUUAAGCGCGUCUGUACUGAUUUUCCUACAAAGGGUUGCUGCUGCAAGAAUGGAUGUUUCUUUUUGAAGCGUUGUGGUUUCAUUAGCUAAAAGAGUUUGAAGUGACUAUAUGGUGAAAAAAAAGUUGAUCUCUUUUAUGUGUUUUGUUGGAGCAAAACAAGUGAUUGGAUUCCUUGAGAAAAUUUCUUUCUUUUUUCUUUUUCAAAUUGACCCUGGACUGUAAGCAUGAAGGUUCCGCCAAGUGGAUUUAUGGCAAAUUCUGCAGAAGAACGGAAGAAUAUCAAUUCAGAAUUAUGGCAUGCUUGUGCUGGACCACUUGCUUCUUUGCCUCCAGUUGGAAGUUUGGUUUUUUACUUUCCGCAAGGUCACAGCGAGCAAGUUGCAGCAUCAAUGCAAAAGCAGACUGAUUUCAUACCAAGCUACCCUAACCUUCCUUCCAAGUUGAUUUGCGUGCUCCAUAAUGUAACAUUGCAUGCUGAUCCAGAAACAGAUGAGGUGUAUGCCCAGAUGACUCUUCAACCUGUGAACAAAUAUGACAAGGAAGCAUUACUGGCAUCUGAUAUGGCCCUCAAGCAAAGCCGUCAGCCUGCUGAGCUCUUUUGCAAGACACUUACAGCGAGUGACACAAGCACUCAUGGUGGAUUUUCUGUGCCUCGCCGAGCAGCUGAGAAGAUCUUCCCUCCUCUGGAUUUCUCGAUGCAACCUCCUGCACAGGAGCUGGUAGCUAAAGAUUUACAUGACAAUACAUGGACAUUUAGACAUAUUUAUCGAGGUCAACCAAAGAGGCACCUUUUGACUACUGGUUGGAGUGUCUUUGUUAGCACGAAACGACUCUUCGCUGGUGAUUCCGUCCUUUUCAUAAGAGAUGAGAAGUCUCAACUUCUCUUGGGUACAAGGCGUGCAAAUAGACAGCAGCCAGCUCUUUCUUCAUCAGUAAUUUCUAGUGAUAGCAUGCAUAUUGGGAUCCUUGCUGCUGCAGCUCAUGCUGCGGCAAAUAACAGCUCGUUUACUAUAUUCUAUAAUCCAAGGGCAAGCCCUUCCGAGUUUGUGAUACCCUUAGCGAAGUGUAACAAAGUUAUGUAUACCCAAGCUUCCCUUGGCAUGCGGUUUAGAAUGAUGUUUGAAACCGAGGAGUCUGGAGUACGCAAGUACAUGGGUACCAUUACUGGUAUCAGCGACUUGGAUCCUGUGAGAUGGAAAAAUUCACAGUGGCGUAAUCUUCAGGUUGGAUGGGAUGAAUCUACAGCUGGUGAGCGGCCAAGCCGAGUUUCAAUUUGGGACAUUGAGCCCGUCAUAACUCCUUUCUACAUUUGUCCACCUCCAUUUUUCAUGCCCCGGUUUCCCAAGCAAUCAGGGACGCCAGAUGACGAGUCUGAUAUGGAGAAAGCCUUCAGGAGAGCUAUGCCCUGGCUCGGAGAUGACUUUGGUACGAAAGAUGCUCCUAGUUCAAUCUUCCCUGGUUUGAGUUUAGUUCAGUGGAUGAGCAUGCAACAGAAUAAUCAGUUUCCAGUUGCUCAAUCAGGAUUCUUUCCAUCAAUGUUUUCUUCAAAUCCGCUCCAUAAUAGCGUUGGCACCGAUGAUCCUGCCAAAUUAUUGAAUUUCCAAGCUCCCGGGUUACCUGCGUCAAUUAUGCAAUUUAACAAAGCAAAUACAAACCAAGUCAACCCAUUGCCUCAAAUGACUAUGGCAUGGGCCCAACAGCAGCAACUUCAGCAGUUAUUGCAGACUCCUUUAAAUCAACAGCAGCAGCAGCAAUCCCUACAGCAAUUGCAGCGACAACAGCCACAACAACCACAGCAGCAGCUUGAGCCUCAGACUCAGCCACAGCCGCUGCCACAAUCACAAUCACAGACACCUCCCCAGCAGCAGGAGCUACAGCAACAACAAAAAAAACAACAGACGCAACCACCGCAGCAGUUGCAACAGCAGGCAUUCCUCCCAUCUCAAGUAAAUAAUGGAAUCAUUUCCACUAACCAGAUCCCAGAUCAAAAUUUGCAUCAGCCAGCUGUUUGCUCGCAGCUUCAGCAGCAACAAUUGCUGAUGAGUAAUAGCCAGUCUGUCCAAACUAUCCACUCUUCCACUAAAACCUCAUAUCCUUUGAUGUCAUUACCGCAAGAUACACAGAUUCAGCAACAGAUGGAUCAGCAAACUAACCUCAUUCAGAGACAACAACAGUUGCAGCAGUCACCACUACAAUUGUUGCAACAAAGCUUGUCCCCGAGGACACAGCAGCAGCCACAGAUGCCGCAAUUGUCUCAGCAGGGCUUCUUGGAGCAGCAGCUUCAAUUACAACUGUUACAGAAAUUGCAGCAGCAGCAACAGCAACAGCAGCAGUCAUCUCAACGGUUUCUCUCCCCAGCUGUAUCACUGCUGCAGCCACCAAUGGAGCAGCAACAGUCAACCCAUCAUCAAAACCAAUCAUUGCAGCAAUUGCCACUGUCACAGAGCCCAUCACAACCCCUUGGCAGCAAUGGCUUCUCAACAUCAAUGCCUCAAGUUCAUAACAAGCCUCAUACUGCUAUGAGAACCCAUUCUGGUCUUACUGAUGGCGAUGCACCAUCAUGUUCAACCUCACCUUCGACAAAUAAUUGUCAGGUUUCCCAAUUUAACUUUCUAAACAAAAACCAGCAAGUACCAUCCAUGUUGGUGACGGAUCCACUUGUCGAGCUGGAAAGUACCCCGGUUCAAGAGCUUCAGAGCAAGCCUGAUAUAAGAAUCAAACAUGAACUACCCACCUCUAGAGGAUCAGAACUGUCAAAGUACAAAAGUACCGUGACAGAUCAAUUAGAAGCAUCCUCUUCUGGAACAUCAUACUGCCUAGAUGCAGGCACUGCCCAGCAUAAUUUCUCCCUCCCUAUCUUUCUAGAAGGUGAUGUUCAGUCACAUCCUCGGAACAAUCUUCCUUUUAUAGCUAAUAUUGAUGGAUUGGCACCUGACACUUUAUUAUCAAGGGGAUAUGACUCUCAAAAGGAUCUUCAAAACCUACUUUCUAGUUAUGGUGGCAACUCGAGAGAUAUUGAUGCAGACUUGUCUACUCCUGCAAUAAGCUCUCAGUCGUUUGGUGUGCUGAACACACCUUUCAAGACCGGGUGCUCUAAUGAUGUUGCCAUCAAUGACACAGGAGUUCUAAAUGGCGGAUUGUGUGCCAACCAAACUCAACGCAUGCGAACAUAUACAAAGGUGCAAAAGCGUGGCUCGGUUGGAAGAUCAAUUGAUGUGACCCAUUACAAAGGAUACGAUGAACUCAGGCACGAUCUAGCUCGCGUGUUUGGAAUCGAGGGGCAGCUGGAAGAUCCACAAAGUUCUGACUGGAAAUUAGUUUAUGUGGAUCAUGAAAACGACAUAUUACUAGUUGGUGAUGAUCCUUGGGAAGAAUUUGUAAGCUGUGUUCAGAGCAUAAAGAUACUGUCAUCGGCAGAAGUACAACAGAUUAGCUUGAAUGGUGAUCUUGGAAAUGUGGCAGUUCCCAGUCAAGCCGUGUCGUUUAAUAGAUAAAAAAGGUUUCAAGAUUCAUAUAGAAUAACAAAUUGAUAGCAUAACUUCUUCACCUGUUGGACUUUGCUUGGGCUACUCAAUGAAGAUGCAAUUCAGCCCGAGUGGGCAGAUCAUAGGUGUUUAAUUUUAAAAAUCUCUGCCAUGAAGGUGGCAGGAAGAUCAUGUUUUAACUUUUUAACAUAUGGUAAGGUGCCAUAAAGGACCACUGAUGUAUAAUCUAUAUAUAACCAUUAUAUUGAUAGAGCUGAUCUGACAUUAAUAUGUCCUGUAAAUGGCGCUAUGAUGUAAGAGCACCUUCUAUCUCUUGUACAAUUUGCAUGAAUUUUUGUUG